CUCGACGGGGGGACGCCCCCGGGGCCCUAAUGCCCGCAGCGGCCUCGGCAGCGCUGCCUCGUGAGAGGAAGUGAGGCAGCACCGAUUCCCAAACCAUUCUCUCUGCUUUCCAGCAAUGGAUCCAAUGAUGGUGUAUUAGGUAAAAAGAGGAGACAAUGAAAGCCUUUUUAAAAAGUUCAGAUGGUGUUUUUAUGCUGAGAUCAAAAGUAACUACUAUAGGAAGACAUGAAGAUUCAGAUCUUGUUCUGAAGUCUGUAGGUAUUGAAGAUCAUCAUGCAGUCAUUGAAUUCAGCGAUUCAGAAAACAGCUUUGUUCUUCAAGAUUUCAACUCUCUUCAUGGCACUUUCGUUAAUGAUUGCCAUAUACAGAAUGCAGCAGUGAAAGUGGGUGCAGGGGAUAUUCUGCGCUUUGGUUCAGGAGGAACAUCCUAUGAGCUAGUGAUAGAAAACACUUCUCAGAUGUCUUGCCCACCAAUGAAACGUGACAUAGCAUGGCCGGGGCAGUUGCAGUUAAUUUCAGAGACAAAACUUUAUACCCCUUCAACAGCUCCUCCUCAGCUUCCCUUCCUCCAGUCUCAGCACCCAUCCAGCGUUCACAACAGUUGGAUGCAUGGAACAAAUGGAACUACACCCCAUCCACCAAACAGAAAAAGACCUGUGAGUGCUUGGGGGAGAAGUAUGACUUCUUCUUUCUCUCCAGAUACUUUCAAUAGGCCUACUGCAGUCAGACAAGGAAAUGGACAAUCUGGAGCAAGUGGAGUUCCAUUAUCAGGAAGUCAUCAUGUGGAUUUACUUCUUCAGGAAAAGGAUGAAAUAAUUCUGAAAAUGAAAGAUGAAAUCAGUCAUCUCUUGGGUUUUGAAAGUGAGUCAAAACAUAAAGAUACAGUGAUAGCCAAUCUUCAGGAUGAAAUUGCAGUGAUGACAAAGAAGAUGGCUCAGGCUGCUAGGAAUGAUGUCGAGUUUACUCAAAAACUACUGACCUUUGAGCGAGAUAUUGAAGCAAAGACGGAGGAGAUUAAAGCCUUGAAAGAGCAGAUCAGCAAUCUGCAGAGAGAUUCGAGCCAAGUCUUGUGCCAUUCCCUCUCUGAAAGAGACUUAGAAAUUGCAAACUUGAAAAAAGAGGGUGAGAAGUUAAGGAGGAAUCAAGCUCUAACUACAGGACUGGUGACCAGUUUGCAAAGAGACAUUUCAGCAAAGGAGCAGAGAAUACUGCAACUAAAACUGAAUGCAGAUAAACUAAAGAAGGAAAACAGGGAGAAGGAUAAUCAGCUUGCAGUCAUUUCUGCCAAGCGCAUUGGAGAGCUGGAGCUGCAAGUGAAGAGGCUGCAGGGAGAAAUGCAGAAGAACUGCACCGAACAGGAAAUCAUAACAAAUAGGCUUGCAGAAAAAACAAAGGCUCAAGAGGAACUGAAAAAAGAAUGUGAAAGGAAAUGUCUGCAGUUACAAGAGAUGGGGCGCAGAGAAGGCCUCAUUAAAGCUGACUUGGAACAGGCAAAAGCUCAGCUGGAGUGUUUCAAAAGGCAAAUGAUUGAAAUCGUCUAUUCACAAGAAGCAGAAAUUCCAGAGACUGUAACAGAUCAACAGUUAAUGGAAAAGAUAAGACAGAUCACUGAUGAAAAUCUGCAGAUUCAUGAAGAGGAGAAGUUAUUACAGGAGGAAAUCAUUUCCAAGGACUCUGAAGAGAAGGAAGUAUCUGAAAGUGUUGAGGUGUUGAAGAAAUCAUUGGAUGAAUUCCAGGCUUUCUUAAAGACCUCCUAUUGCAGCAGUAGCUUGAAAAGAGAGAUUUGUAACCUUCAAGAUCUGUGCAUUGACCCCUCUGUCUUGUGGAUCCACACACCAAUAGUUGAAAUUCUAAGCAGUUUACUCUCAUGGGUAGAAGCAGUGGAGCAGCUCCUUCAGGAUGUGGGCAUUGACAUGUCUUGCUCUGACAAAGGAAUGGCCUCAUACACGAAGAGUCUGCUGGAGAAUAAUCAUGAAACUAUGGGCAGAAUUCAAACAUUGCAGGCCCAGUUAGACAAAUUACAGGAAUCCCAGAAUUCUCUGCUACACGAAAAGCUGAAUGAACUAAAAGUGGAACAUGAGACAGAAUUACAGGACAAGAUAAAACUAAUACUUUUAGAAAAAGAGAGAGAAAAUAAAAAGAUUCUGGACAGUGCUGUUGCUCAGGAAAAAGACAAAUUAAAGGAAUCUGUGGAGGAAGAAAAGAAAAAGGUCCAACAUUUGGAAAAUCAAUGGAGACAUUUGACUGAGAUCAUUGAACUUAAAAUGAAAGAAGAAGAAAUUGUAAAUGCCAAACUGAGAGAAGCAGUGGACAGCUUAGAAGAGGCUAGAAAGAGAGAGGCUAUGUUGCAAGAUCACCUGUUGAUGCAAGACAGACAUCUAACACUCAUUCAGGAUGAGAAUGAGUUACUGAAGCAGAAAAUUCAGAACGAGAUAAUGGAAUAUAAAGAACAAAUCAAGCAACAUUCAGAGACAAUUGUGGCUUUAGAAGACAGACUAAUGGAAGCCACACAGCAUCAGAAGAAUAUAGAGGAGGAAAAUGGAGCUCUACGGGAAAAAAUAAAAAUAUUUCAGAAAGAGCCUCAGAAGUCCGCAUCGUCUGUUUCGCAAGAGCUUUCUGACAAUGAAGAGGCCCAUGUUUUUCUGAUAGGAGAAUUAGCAGCUGCUCGGAAGGAAAUCCAGUCCAAACAGGCUAUCAUUUUGGGAUUAAAGAAAGACCUCUCAGAAGCCAAAGCCAGAAUGUCGGAUAUGAUAGGAGAACUUAGUGAGAAACAAAAGAUGGAACUGGAGCGGAACCUAAUUCUUGUUGGAAGCCAAGAGAGUGAACUGAAAGUGCUUAGAGAGAAGCUAUUUGAGAUGUCAGACCUUGUGGACAAGAAGGAUAAAGACCUGAGAACUUCAGCUGAAGAAUUAAGGCAUACGAAAGAAAAACUGAAAAAGCUGAAGAAUGCAGCAAAAGAAAAGGAGAGUGAAUUUGAAAAGCUACCACAAACAGAUGUGCAGGCCAGUAACACCACAAAGGAUGAAGUCCCCAAAACCAAAAAGAAGCAGACUUUGGACUUGGCAGACCUAGGAGCUACAUGUAAAGGCCUCAGACAUGAGGAGACCAUUCAGCGUCAAAAAGAUGCACUGACUGAGCUCCGAGACAAAAUCAAGACGCUGGAAAAGACUCAGUCUUUAACUAUUAAAGAGAAGGUUCCUGAGCCACUUAUAGUGCUAAAGAAAGACCUAUCUGAGAAAAUAGCUCAGAAAAUAGGCUUAGAAAAGGAACGUGUGCCAUCAUCAAUAAAAAAAAUGGAGGCCAAGCUUCCAAGCCAUUUUCCCAACACAUAUUCAAAUGUAGCCUUAGAGAGGACAGCAAAGUUGGAAAUGUCUGAUGCUUUAGACCUCAGCGAGAAGAUGUACCUCAACUUAAUUCAUGCUCUUGGAAGUCUGAUGAAUGUGAAGGAGCUGACAGGAGUGCAGUCUGUUAAGCAUCUUUCUCAGGAUGAGAGGGAAAAAGUGAGACUGCAACGACAGAAGGACCUUGAGCUGCUGUACGAUAAGAUCAGUAAACUCAAGAGUCGGCUAGAAAGGAAAGAAGAACUACUGAAAGAGUAUGAGUCAGACAUUGGACAACUCAGGGCGAAUAAGGUAUCUUUGCAAGCGUACCAGGCCGAGAUGACUAAACUGGAAGAUGAAGUCUAUAGAGAAGCAGAAGAGAAUGCUCUGUUAAAAGAGGCUCUAGAGAGGACACAGUUCCAGCUGAAUCAGGAGAAAAGAUUGAACAGAGCUGUUAAACUGCAUAAGAGCCAUUUAGAGGAACUGGAGAAGAGAAGUGAAAAGUUGUCACCAUGUUGUACCUGUUCACAAAAAGACAGAGCCAGCAAGCCUGGACCCAAAACAAAAUCAUUCCCCGAAAAGCUGAAGACAACAGACCAUGUGAUAGAAACAUUUAAGAGGAGAGCACAUAGUAAUGCCACCUCAUAGGCAUUUCUCUUGCAAAAUCCUGUGGUAGGAAUUUGCCAAGUAAUGUAAUACUAUUUGGGUUAGACCUGUUAUUAAUUGUAUUGUUUUGAUGAGAAUCCAUUUAGCCCUUGUGUAAAUACAUGAAAUGCUGCAGUAUAUCUUGAAUUACCUAGGACUUGUUUUUUCUUAAGUAUGUUGCUUAUGUACCAUAUUGUAUUUUUGAUUAUUAGAAGUGUAAGAAAAACGGUCAUUUUAAUACAAACUGAUAUAUAAAUUCAGAAGUGUCUUUUUUAUCUUUAUACGUAUCCUUUUUUUAAAUCAAACUCCUAAGGUCUGCUUAGGUUAAAUUUUAUUAUGCUGGUGUAACUCGCUUGAGCCCUGACACAAUCCUAAAUCCAUAAUAGAGUUGCAACAUGAGGUAUGAAAAUGGACCACCAGGUUCUAGCAAAUAAAUUCCAGCAUUGCAUAAAUAUGAUUGAACAGAACCGUUCUGAGUCCAUUGUGUAAUUACAACCAAUUGAAAGGACGCUGUUCGUUUACUAGUAUGUUACUUAAAUAAUACACCUGCAUGAACAAUCUGGGAGCCACAGUUGAUAAGCAGCCUUAGGGACCAACCCAAAUUCCCAUACUCCAGGGAAUACAGAACAGCAAGGGCUCACCUGUCUGUUACUCUGAUCAGAUGUAUUAUUUAUUACUAUAGCGUUCUUGAAAACUAAAGGCUGUUUUCCUUUGCAAAAUCAGAGCAAAAUGUUGGUAGUAGCUACCCCCCAAAAUAAUCCUUGAUAUCUGAGAAAGCUAAUCUUGCUAAGUAGUGAGGCAGAUGUUCGCCCAUUCACUGCUGGGUCAGUGCAGUAAGCUAGUGGUUCUGGUACACAUUGUCCCCACAGUCAUUCUCCCUUUGUUGUAUUCUGAACAGUUUGCACAGAUCCUUUCAACAAUGGGUAAUUUGGAUUCUAGGCUGUAUAGAUAAAAUCUUAUUAUAUUGCAAAUUGUCUACAUUUUGGCACUAACAAACUGGCUCAUUUGUGCUAAAAUGUCCAGUGUGUGGACGUGCUUUAGUCAGAGUCUCACUGCUAACGUUAUGUACGGUACAAUAGUCCGUAACCAGUAGCUCUUUUCUGGUGCAGACUUGGUUUAGUUCCUAACACACUGGGUAAAGUCUGUCUCUGUUUAGGACUUGGCCUAUUUUUCUUACCAGAUGUGCAAUGUGCUUCCAUCUGUACAAUGUCCUGAGUUUAUUUUGGGACAAUACAUGACCUCAUAUGCCUGUUUUAUUUUAACAUUUUGCUCUGACCCCGUCCAUCUGUUCUGUUUGAACCUUUGCAGCAGUUCUUCCUUGAGGGUUUUAUGGGGCAUCAUUAUUUUGCAAUCCUCAUAUAUUGCCCUUCCCCCUGCCCUAUAACAUUAGCUAAUUUCUAUAGCUGCAGUAUCCUUGAAUAAUCUAGUUUUGCAUGUGGCUAUCACUUCAGUAUUGUCCCAAGGAUUUGAAAAGUCUCCUCUGUCUUGCUUGUGAUAAAUUUAAUCUUGAGGUCAGCGGUUAGUAAGGUAAUCAUUACCAAACUAGCAUAUGCUCCAUUAUUUCCUACUUUUUUUUCUUUCAUAUUCUUAUCCAUUGCUCUUCCCAGUGCAUCAGCUGUAGAUGUAACUUUGCUACAAUAUUUUCAGGUCAUCUCAGAAGCUUGAUCAUAAUUUUUUUAAUCCGCAGAGGGCAGUCACUCAGGGACUUCAUAAAGAAUAAUUGCUGGCUUAUGGUCAGUUUCAGACCCUUUAUAGUCUAAUUAAACAGUUCUCUAGCAAAUACAAUGUUUAGCAGCUUUUUUAUCUAUAUGUCUAAUUUCCAUAUGUCAGUCAAUAUUGUAUCUAAACAAGAGGUCAUCACUGAUAAUCAGACCUUUGCUCAAGGUUUUCAAAUGUUUCAAAAUAUUUUGCAACACAGGGAAACUGUUACAGUUAUAUCAUUCCUGCAGAGUUCUGAUGACACCAAAAAUCAAGAGCUUUGCCCUUGGUGUGCUCAGCAUGUGAUGCUAAAAGUCUAGUAACGUCCAACAAUCUGAGAAGUUGAGGAAACUAGUACGAGCCAUGUACUUGGUGUGUUACUGCUCCUCCCAAAUUGUUAAAAACAUAUAAAUGAAGUAAAUUUGCCCUGAUUUUCAGAGGUCCUGAGCAACCGCAGCUUUCUGUAGAAGUUAGUGGGAACACAUAUGUGCUCAGCACCUUUAAAAAUCAGGGAAAUUAUUUUUUAAAAGCUUAUUUUUAACAGGGUACCUAUUCUCAAGAUUCAGUGCACAGAGCCAAUGUGCUACAAUAACCUUUUCCAGCAACCUCAUGCAUGGAAAUAUCUACAUCUUUGCGAUUCGCACUUGCAUUGAGUCAUUAUUUUAUCUUUGUAUUUGGCACUGGUUCAACUGCUGCUGGAAUACUGUGUUCAGUUUUGGUGCCCAUAAUUCAAGAAGGAAAUAGAUAAAUUAAGGAGGGUACAGAAAAGAGCAACGAGAAUGAAUAAAGGCUUUGAAAACAUGCCUUACAGCGAGAAACAAAGAGUAUGCCCUGGUCUACACUGGGGGGGGAUUGAUCUAAGUUAUACAACUUCAGCCACGUGAAUAACUUAGCUCAAGUCGACGUUCUUAGAUCGACUUACCGUGGUGUCUUCACCACGGUGAGUCUGCUGCUGCUGCUCCCCCAUCGACUCCGCCUGCACCUCUUGCGGCGGUGGAGUACAGGAGUCGACGGGAGAGUGCUCAGGGGUCGAUUUAUUGCAUCUAGAUUAGACGUGAUAAAUCGACUCCCGCUGGAUCGGUCGCUGCCUGCAGAUCCGAAGGGUAGUGAAGACAUACCCUAUGAAACUUAACCUUUUCUUUGUUAAGGUGUGACUUGAUUAUAGUCUGUAAGUACACCUCUACCCCGAUAUAAUGCGACCCAAGAUAACACGAAUUCGGAUAUAAUGCGGUAAAGGAGUGCGUCAAGGGGGCGGGGCUGUGCACUCCGGUGGAUCAAAGCAAGUUCGAUAUAACACGGUUUCACCUACAACACGAUAAGAUUUUUUGGCUCCCGAGGACAGCGUUAUAUCGAGGUAGAGGUAUAUCUACAUGGGGAACAAAUAUUUAAUAAUGGGAUCUUCACUUCUAGCAGAGCAAGAUAUAACACAAUCCAAUGAUUGGAAGUUGAAGCUAGACAAAUUCAGACUGGAAGUAUGGUGUACAUUUUUGACAGGAUAAUUAACUGUUAGAACAAUUUAUCAAGGGUCAUGGUGCAUUCUCCAUCACUGACAAUAUUGAAAUCAAGACUGGAUGUCUUUCUAAAAGAGCUGCUCUAGGAAUUAUUUUGGGGAAGUUCUCUGGAGUGUGUUAUACAGGAGGUCAGACUAGAUGACAACAAUGGUCCCUCUGGCUUUGGAAUCUAUGGAACAAGUUCUCCUUUAUAGCUUAGACAUAUUUGUUUGCUCUGCUUAUUUCUUCACCACUGCUGUAUACUUCAUAGAACAGCUUCUGAAAAGUUGCUCCACUAAUUCCAUUAUAAAUGUUCUUUAGUAAUUGCAUCUCUAGUACUGUGAACUGGUACUUUAAUUAAAUAUC